GGACUCUGUUUUCUUCUGCUUUUCUUUCUCAACCGUUCCUUUUCCUCUCCCAAUCGCCUCACUUGCCUUCCUCCAAUUCUCUUCUUCUUCUUCUUGGAUUUUUUUUCCCCCUUCUUUAUAUUUACACCUGUACGGUGGACCUCGAUUUCGUUUCUACUCGUCCAAAAUCCGCCGGCGACUCUGCUUUCCUUCGCGAGAUAUGGCUGGUACGGCGGGGGAGAUCAUGCUGUUCGGAGUCAGAGUGGUGGUUGAUUCGAUGAGGAAGAGCGUCAGUCUCAACAAUCUCUCGCAGUACGAGCAGCCUUCUGCUCUUGUUCAGGCGAAUGACGGCGGCGUCGGAGUCGACAACAAGGAAGGGGAGAAGGAUACUCACAACGAUGUCAAGGAAGACGCCGUCGUCGCUGCUGGUUACGGCUCCGCCGACGACGCCGUUCAUCACUCCUCUUCUGUUUCUCGCUCCGAGCGCAAGCGAGGGGUGCCGUGGACAGAGGAGGAGCACAAGCUGUUCCUGAUUGGAUUGCAGAAGGUAGGGAAGGGAGAUUGGAGAGGAAUCUCUCGCAAUUUCGUCAAGACAAGGACUCCUACUCAGGUCGCCAGUCACGCUCAGAAGUACUUCCUCCGGCGACUCAACAUCAAUCGCCGCCGCCGCAGAUCUAGCCUCUUUGACAUCACUACUGAUACGGUCGCUGGGAUUUCCAUGGGAGGAGAAGAGCAACAGCAAGAGAAUAAGAAGAAGAGGACCACCACCACCAGCCAUAGCAGCAACUUCCCAGUGAUGUCAAAUUUCACCAUAUCCACCACCAAUUCAGCAGCCGUACUGAAUACCACCCAGAUCCCUGUGGUGGAUAACUUAUCAUUAGGAGGAGGACAAGGCAACAAUCAAUGCAUUUCUGCUUCAAACCUUAUCCGCCCUCCUGCCCUUGUCCAUCAAUCAUCCCUCUCAAGGACGAUAUCUGAUGUCGACUUGAAUCUAAACUCGUCUCCGGCUGCUGCUGCUGCUGAUCCAUUGCCAUUGUCACUGAAUCUGUCACUGCAUUCCAACGAGACGACGACAGCCAGGCGCCCUGGGUUCCAGAUGAUGUCUAGCCUGAGCGGGGACAGCAGCAUCAGCGUAGCUUGAUUAUGGUGGAGGGGUAAAAGGGCUUACUGCUAACACCGGAGCAAGUUGUUGCUGGUUAAUUAAGGGCUAAACAGCAUAAAAUUAGGUAAGGUUGGAGAUUCAGAGAGAAGGAAAGAAGUUUGAGGGGGGAUGUUUGGCUGUGGUUAUGACUGUUAAGGUAAAAAUGGAUCUUAAUUGUGACUGGUGGUGAAGAAGAAGAAGAAGAACUCUCAAAUCUUUUGUUCAAUUAUAAUGUACAGACUGAAGGUGGAAGGGGGGGAAGUGGGAUUGGGUUGAUGAUGCUGUUUUCUUUUGUUUAAUUCCUAAUUUAGUUUGGUUCUGUUUGUUUCAACAAAAUUGACAACCCUCUCUGCUUCCCCCACCUUGUUAGAUUCCUUUUGGCUUGUUUUGUUUUUGUGUGUUUGUUGUGUAGUUUAGAUCGUGAUGUAGCUUUUGAGCAGUGACAGGCAGGCUUGAAUUAAAAGUAAGACAUAAUUUAGGGUUGAUAUAUGUACGUAUUAAUAUUAAUAAGAAAGGAUUAGGAAAAUGGGUUGUAUUUUAAGAAAAAUGGUUAUGGAGGCUGGAGGGUGAAGUGAAUGGGGACUAUGGCAGGGAAGGUGAAGGGCAUAUGGUCCCAACUGGAUGAAGAUAAGGGAUAGGAUUAGGAUAUUGUUGUUGUGUUUGUGUGUAAGGCGGUGCUGUGGGUUAGUAAUAUGCUUAGUGCUGACUUCGCUGUAGGGCUGGUUGGCUGCUGCCAACAAUAAAAUAAAGGUGGUGUAGUGUUUUUUAAUUGACUUUUGGGGUCAUUGAAGGGGCCCUAUGCAUCAUUUUCUCUCUCUUUAUAUUUGGAAAUCCUUAAUCUACUAGUUUUGUCA